GUAUUCUUAAAUUCAAGGACGCAGAUAAUCUAACUGCUCCUAACAUUCUCCCAACACACAAGGUAUUUUCAGGCUAGACGCAAACCUACCAAAAAUUGGACGUUACAACUGUAGCUCGCGUGAGGACUUCUCAAGUCUAAAAACCACUAGGCAACGUGGACUUACUUGAUGGCUUUGUGAAAUGCGUGUCACACGGCAUUUUCAUAUGGAUAUUAUUUCUUUUUCUGAUUUGUAAUGAUCAACAGAACUCCGAAAAUACUGGCUACUACUCAUAAAUGUGUAUUCAGAAGUACUUCAUUCUCCCAACUUUUAGCCAGUAAGUCAGUAUGCGGAGUGUUUUCCAGUACAUUUCAUAAUGUAAAUGGCAGGCAAAAAAUCCUUUACAAACCUGGUGAUUUACUUCAUUUUCACCCAACUGGAGCUUUAACUUUGAGAUUGCAACACUCUCAUGGUCCUUCAGAUAAUUUAUCAAAUCCAGCUUUGGAACAAAAAGCAAUUUUAUCUGACUGGACUAUUAUUAGACGACUUCUAAAAUAUGUUUGGCCACAGGAUAGGCCGGAAAUCCGUUUGCGUGUAGUCGCGGCUAUGUUGUUGUUAUUAUCUUCAAAAUUUGUUAAUGUUUUGGUCCCAUUCGUUUUCAAAUUUGCAGUUGACUGUUUGUCAGGAGAAACUCCACUACUAUUAGGUGAUACAAGUCCUAGUGUGGCAGCUACAACUAUUUUAAUUUCGUAUGGUUUGUUUAGAGCUACUGCUUCUGGUUUAAAUGAAUUACGUACUGCAGUUUUUGCUAAAGCUGCUCUUUCUUCAAUUCGAGAAGUCGGAGUUCAAGUAUUUCGACAUAUGCACAAUCUUGAUUUAAGUUAUCAUCUUGGAAGAAGAACUGGAGCAUUAGGUAAAGCAAUUGAUCGUGGCGCUAGGGGAAUAAAUUUUAUAUUGACUGCUAUGGUUUUCAAUUUAUUUCCUACUACAUUUGAAGUUGCUGUUGUAACAGGGAUUUUGUAUUAUAAAUAUGGAGUAGCGGCCAGUACAAUUGCACUAAGCUGCAUAGCUGCUUAUACAGCAUUCACAUUUGCUGUUACACGUUGGCGUACUCAAUUUCGUGUUCAAAUGAAUAAGGCAGAUGGACGAGCUGCAAGUCAAGCUACUGACUCACUUAUUAAUUAUGAAACUGUAAAAUACUUCAACAAUGAAGAGCGUGAAGCAGAACUUUAUGACAAACUUCAAGCUCAAUACGAAGAGGCCAGUAUUAGAACAACAACUAGUCUAGCUGUACUUAACUUCGGUCAGGCUGCUAUAUUCUCUGUUGGCUUAGCUGCUACAAUGAUAGCAGUUGCAAAUCAAGUUACUUCCGGUAUAACCGAUCCAGCAACAGCUGCUCAUGUUCUUGAAGCCACUGGGAUAAGUAGUUUAGCUAAAUCUUUGACUGUGGGAGAUCUUGUUCUCGUAAACGGAUUAUUAUUCCAAUUAUCGAUACCAUUGAAUUUUUUGGGUACGGUAUAUCGUGAAGUACGGCAAUCUUUAAUUGAUAUGUCAACUAUGUUUACACUAUUAGAACUUGCUCCAACAGUUCGUUCCUUACCGAAUGCACCAAAUAUACACAUUGAUCGUUCUAAUUCAUCUGUAGAAUUUCGUGAUGUAAAAUUCACUUACUACACUAAAGACCCUAAAGAUUCUUUAUUAAAACCUGGGAAAUUCAUAUGUGAUGGAUUAAGUUUUAAGGUUGAACCUGGUCAACGUGUAGCUAUUGUUGGUGAGAGUGGUACCGGAAAAUCUACAAUUGUUCGAUUAGUCUACCGAUUUUUUGAUGUAUCUAGUGGUAGUGUACUAGUCGGUGGUCAAGAUGUUCGGUCAGUGAAUUUGGAGAGUUUACGUCAUGCAAUUGCAGUGAUACCACAGGAUACGGUUUUGUUCCAUAAUACAAUAUUUUAUAAUCUCCAAUACGGUAACUUGAAAGCAACUCCGGAGGAAGUUUACGAAGCUGCUCGUUUAUCGAAUGUAGCCAAUGCAAUUGAACGUAUGCCACACGGAUACGAUACACAAGUCGGAGAACGUGGUUUGAAAUUGAGCGGUGGUGAAAAACAACGAAUAGCGAUUGCAAGGGCUCUACUGAAGAAAGCUCCAAUUUUAGUUUAUGACGAAGCAACGUCAUCGUUAGAUUCAAUCACUGAACAUGUAUGUUCUUACAUGUUCUCAAUAUUGAUAACAAUUUAUUUUUCAUUAUAAUCAAGGUCCCAACUAAGUGAAUGUUUAUAACUUCCAACUCAUGGAAAUGAGUUGUGGCUAUUAAUAAAUAUAUAAUGAGUGCCCCCAAAUGCCCAUGUACGGCCGAGAGCGGGCAGUCAGCUCUCCCUCCCGAAAUGCUCUGAUAUGACCACGUGCAUACAACAACUGCCAGGAAAGUCCUACUCACUGCCUUCUCGCGGUAUUACUGUUGUUUACGUAAAUUAGAGGACGAAAAGUGCAUGUCCGGCACUUCAGCCGGUUUGGUGGAUACGGAGGGUUCACCUAGGGGAGUUGGGAAAACUUGACUCCAAACCAGUGGUUCACAUGUGCUCAAGGAUCCUGAAGGAACAAAUACCGUAUGAAUCUCUUGUUGGCAAACGACUACCAUGGGACUGCAUCUCCUGACGUUGCUCCACUGCCUUGUGGAUUAGACUUUUAGGUCGAAGGCUCAGGGUGUGGCCCUCUAAGAAAAUCACCUGCUUCGGUUUGAGCACUCGUGCAGUACUCCAGUCCUCACACAGAUUGAAUGAUUUAUGUGCCGCAUAUCUAUUUGGUACCUCUUUGUACCAAUGUUUAUGUGUUUGAAUAAUUAAUGAGAAUUGCCGUUGUACACCAGAUUUUAUUUGUGACCAGACAAACCUCGUAACGGCUCUAGACGUAGAUCAGAUUACACAGAGUUACUCUAAUUUAUGUUGUAUACGUAUUAAGCUUGUAUGUUACAUCUGCACGAGUGCUCACUGGUCAUUAAAUUACGCAAACUUCUCGAAUUUCAAAUCAAUUACCAUGAAGAGUAAGUGGUGAUGCGAAGUUUGUACGAUUUGGUUAGCCUUACUUAUCGUCCCUUACUCAUAGAUGAAAUUCAUUCUCCAGCAUAUCGAUCUUCGAUAAGUACUCCUUAAGGAGUUGUGUAAAAAAGUUAAUUUCAAAACCGUGAAAAGGUGUUUGUUAGCUCUCAGUUUAUUCAAGUUAGUUUUGUAGGGGUUUUAAGUAUGGUGAUAUACUUCCCAGGUAUCACUAAUAAAUUAACUUAAAGUAAGACUUUUAGAAAAGUAAAACGAAAGACAGUUAUCAUGUCAACAAAUACAACCAUCUACGUGUUCAAACACACGGCAGAAGAGGCAAAUUGUUAAUUAGCCAGGCUAGCUCAUCAUAAUUUGUUUCGUUAUGACGGAAGUCAUCAUUUGAGAUAUGUCCAGUAGGAAACAUACUAAGAUAUUUUCCUCAUUAAAUUCGCUGAUAGUUUGUUAUUGAAAAUGCAUUUCGUCCUUGAAAUGAACCGAAGCUUAGUCGGAUGCAGAAAUCUUCACCCUGAUAUAAUAGGUCUUAAAAUUCAUCACCUUUCCAAUGUUGUCAGUCGAUCAACUUUUAUUUCUUCAAGAUAAAAUGCAUGGUAAAUCUCAGUUACGACACUAUUCCGAUUCAUCGUACACAGUCUAUAUGAGAUACCUUAAUGAUACGUGGCUAACAACAUUCCUGAUAAUAGUUUAUGAAUCACUGACACUUGGUGAAAGUCAAGUAAAUCAAUCCUAUAUAUACAUAUAUAUACUUUUUUUCUUUUUCUUACUAAAAUAUUAUAAACAAAUUAUGUAGACUAUUCUUCAACGAUUAGCAGAAGUUACACCUGGAAUUACAUCACUUGUAAUCGCUCAUCGUUUAAGCACAAUAAUUGAUGCUGAUGAAAUUUUAGUCUUACGAAAUGGUCGUGUAUCUGAACGUGGUACGCACUCCAGUUUACUAUCACAACCGGAUUCAUAUUAUAGACAACUUUGGGAUCAACAACGAAGUGGAAUAUUACCUACUAAUAUUACGAGUACUACCGAUAAUUGUAACAGCAAUGAUAAUCAUAAAAUAUCCAAUUCGGACAGUUAAGAUACAAACACCUAAGGCACUACGUAUAAAUAUGAUGGUUUGAGCUUUUCUUGAAUUUUGUCUUCUAUAAUAAUUUUCUCCAUGCCUACACUUGUUUGAUAGUUUCAGUUUUAUUAUUUUCUAUCCAUUUUACUAACUUAUUCGUACUUGAACAGAAUUAUUUUAUCUUAUGUUUUUCUGUUUAUGUUAGAUGAAUAGUUAACAAACUACGUAACGUAUUUGAUUUGUUUUCAUGGUUGUUUGUAUCACAGGAUAACUUUGUAAAGAAACAGACUGUAUAAUACAUUUUGUUACACGC